GCCUUCCCUACCGAGUUAUAGAGAAAUCCCUCCUCCUGUUCGAUUCUGCUGCUGAUUCGAUCUCCGCUCAUCCGAUUCUGCUGCUGAUUCGGUCUCAAGAAAAUAGACCGGAAAGAACAGGGAGAAAAUGAAUUUGAAGCUGAGACAACACUCUUAUUUUUUUAGAAUAGGAAACAACACACCUAGAGGCAGUGCUACCAGAUAUCUCUAAUUGACUAUACUAAUUCCAACACUAUAAAGUUCUACGGUGGUCUAAGAAGGAAUAAAAAGAGAUGGCGGAGUCGAACUCCAACCACCAGGGCCAAGCGGAGGAUAACGGGAUGGAUCAGCAGAAGGAGAGGGAGGUGAUGGUGACCAAUCAGCCGGUGCGGGAGGUGGUGGUGAACAACGAGCAGGCGCCGCCGAAGCUGGAGGACAGGGAGGUGGUGGUGAACAACGAGCAGGCGCCGAAGUUGGAGGAGAGAGAACUGGUGGUGCAGGAGGAGCAGGUACGGAAGCUGAGGUACCUGGGCUUCGUGCAGGUGGCUUUAGCGCAUGCCCUGGUUUACCUCGCGGGGCUCUACGGGGUGUCCAAAGACCAUGCCGGUCUGCUCCGACCCGGCGUCGACAUCACUGAGUCCACAGUGAAGGGCGUCGUCGGCCCUAUCUACUGUAAAUUCCACGGCGUCCCUCUCAACAUCCUCGCGUUCAUCGACUGCAAGGUGGACGACAUGGUGCACAAGCUCAACAGGCACCUCCUGGGGCCGCUCAAGGCCGCCUCAGCGCGGGCAUGCGCGGUGGCCUGCGCCGUGCCGGUGGUGGCGUGCGAGCUCAUCGCCGAAGCGCAGCAGUCUGGCGUGAAGGGUGCCGCGCGCUUGGCGUAUGUAAAGGUGGAGCCCGUGGCCAAGGACAUGUACGGGCGCUAUGAGCCAGUGGCAGAGCAACUCGCCGUCUCUGCCUGGUACUUGCUCAACAGUUUGCCGGUCUUCCCGCACGUCGCCCAGGUCAUCGUGCCCACCGGAGCCUAUUGCAUGACCAAGUACAAUAGGAUGGUUGACGCUGCGGCACGGCAGGGGUACACAGGAGCCAGGUACCUCCCGACCGUCCCCAUCGAGCGCAUAGCCAAGGUGUUCGCGUCCUCCGCGCCGGAGGCCAAAGGUGCAGCGGAGACCCAGACCUAAUGAUUGGGCCCACGACCUGAACUGAACAAGAAAUCCCCUGGGGCUAAAAGAUGGUUUGGUUGUUGCACAAUAAUGUUAAUUAGAUUGGAUGGUGAGACGUUGUCAUGCAGCAUGAUGAUAUAAUGCUCUACUUUAGUGAUAUACUAGUUUAUGUCAGUGUGGUGCUCUGCUUCUUGCUUUUUGUUUAUAAAAGUUAUUAUUGUUCGAUACCGCAA